UUAAUUAAUAUUAUUGGCUGGCGAUCGAGUGGAGGUGGGGAAAGAAGGCGAUCGACUUGCAAGCCUUUGUCAAUAUAACAGACUUUGUCGAUCUUAAUUGAUUGAGGCUUAUGUUUGAAGUGGCUUAAAAAAUGCAAAAAUACCUAAAGCAUGGGAUAUGUCUUCCAUUAUUAUUAUUUCACGACUAUUAAUGCUAGGGGUAUAACUCGGAUGACAGCCAUCGGUUGACAUGCGCAAUCAUAUCCUGCCUACUCUAAAGCGUCCUUGGCAACAUGGGAUACGGCGACGUAUUUUGCGUAUAAGCAUUUGUAAAUACUGAUCAAACGGAUGGCUUCUGCAUACCUUGGACCGGAGUCACCACCGCCACUGGCAGUCAUUUCAGAAAGUUACCGACAUCAUUACAAGUUACCUGUAUUGGGUUCAUUGGAUUGCUACAACCUUGGGGUUCAGUAUGAAGACAGACUUUUUUCACUGCUGCACAAGUAUCUGGAGUUGAAUACAACUGAUCAGCUCUGUUAUGUAGGAAGCUCCAAAGAUUGCAUGGCUGACAGAAUUAGAGAGAAAUUCUGUCUCUUGGAACCUGUGCAAACACUUCUUCCAGGCCACUUUCACUAUGCCGAGACUUUCAACAAUAAGCUGGUACCCAUACAGAUAUCACAUGUGGGUGCAGAGGAAUAUUUCCAUGAACUAGCACAGGCAAAAAUGAGCAAUGGCAAAAAGAAGGAAAGUGUGCUAGAUAAAGUGCUUCUAUAUGACUCAUGCCGCUACCUGACCAAUCCUGCAGUCUUAUAUACUAAUAUUGCCAGCUGCCUUGCACCUGGUGGUAUCCUAUUGAUAGUGCUUCGCCCAGCCCAUCUUUCUACUUUGCCAUUUUCAAAAAGUGCACAUCAGCGGUUAGUUGAGACAGACAUACCAUACAUGGAAACUGUAAGAAAUCUUCAGAGUGUUGGCUUGGAUGUUGAGUGGGACCUGGAAUGUCUUCCAGUAUGCAUACCAAAACGAAAAUGGUUAGCCAUGUUGCAUGAAAAAUAUCCACCACAAAUGGAAAUAAUUUCACAGGAAGAAAUCCUGGCUGGCCUGCGUGAGCUUACUGAGGGCAUUUUGAAAUAUGAAGGCGAUGAGAUAGAGUUCACUGACCGCCUGCUGUUUAUCAAAGCUACACAGUCUGUGCUUGAGAAUAGCAGUCCAAGCAUCCAGCGCUACACCUCUGGACAGUCUGCACCAGCUCCUCUGCAGAAGGACUUGACCCUGACGAUGAAAGUGUCUGUGGAUACGAAAUUAAAGUCUUCCACUAAACUUCAAUUUCCUUGAAGGGUUGAAGUCAUCAUUGUGCCUCAUGGUACAUUUGAUUCAAGUAUUCAAGUAAUCUUACCUUUUAGGAUGCCAGAGUAGAUGGCUUAUCUGCAACGUGCUGAAUUAGAGACUAGCUCUGUAACAAGAGGUGCUGAUCUAGGUGUUAGGAUGUAAAACAUGUUCACAGGAGGACUGAUGAUUUAUCUAGAUAAUCUGGCACGCUUCCCUAGAGCAGUUCAGUAGCUUAUGGUAAAAUGCUGACAUGAGUCCUGGCUUUAAAAGACUGCUCUGUUUGUCUCACCUGAUGUAUUUUUCAGUGGACUUUCUUUGGAGGUGAUUUGGCAUGUGCCUGCAACUGGACACUGGAUGUGAUUUGUCUUAGUGGUUACUUCUGAUCAGGAGAUGUCUGUGUUGACACAGAUCUGUAGGCUUUCUUUUAACCCUUAUUGAUCUGUGGCAUGUGUCUGUGUGGGGAGGGGGUAUGGGUGCCUCAUCCUACCAAUAACUUUUUCUGAAUCUGUGGAAAGUAGUGUUUGAAGUUUUCUGUGGGUGUGGUGGCUCCUUGUCAGGUGUACUUUAAAUAAACGCUUUUUCUUUUGGUGUGGAGCAAACAGUUACAUCAAAUGCAUACCUGAAUUUGUUAUGCUGUCAUCUGAUGACAUCACUGAUUUUUAUGCAGUACUUAAACCAUUUUAUUCUGACAUUGAACUGUAAAAAUCAACACAGGUUCUGUCAGACUUCUAGUUUUGUUGUUACUAUACAGAUUUCAUAUUUAGUAUCCCCAAAUUUCUGUGCUGGUGUGGCUCCCUGACGCAGCACCUGUGUAGUGAGAACUGCAGGAUAGGCAUGUGGAUCUGUGGACCUGUGCUGCGUGGGCAGUUUACAGUGUGUGGCAGCCCCAGGUGUUAUAGGUGUGCACUUGGCACUAUCAGCGCAAAGGCAAAAGAUGAUGGAAUGUGUGGGCAUCCACUGUCUUUUCACUUCGCAUGAAUAUCAUAUUCUUAUUUCUCAUGUAAUUUUUUUUUAAUCACACUAGCUAAGUAGUGAUGAAAUACCUAAACGUACACUUUAUUAUUACUACUAUUCCUUAUUGAGUGAGAAUAUUAAGUUGCUAACAUGAAUCAAACAGAAAUACACAGUAAUUUUUUGCUAGAAGAGCUCAAGUAAAUUAUGAAAAUAUUUUUUCUACUCAUUUGACAUGGCUUGGUACGCGAUACGCAUACCUCGCUGGGAGUUAGAUUCUGGGUAGGAGAUCCUUGCCUGUCAUCAAGUACGGCUCAAUUGUUUCCAUUUCUUUUACUGUAGCAGCUGAUGCAGUACCAUAAGAACCAGCCACUCAUCAUACACUAUUAGCCCCAUCUUUGAUGUUCUCUUAAGCUAUUUCAUUGCUUCAUUAAAGUUGAUAAUGUUAUCUCCACUGCCACCAUUUUAUUGGACUGUCUCUAAGCAUUUUUCACAUAGCUGUUGGUGGGUGAUCCAUCGGGGGUCAACAAUCACAACUAAUUUUGAAAGUUUCCUCUUAAUGAGUGCCAGAGAAGAAUGGGUUUGACUGGAAAUCAUUUGGUGCUUAUGGACAUCGUAUAAUAAUAAACCUUAUAUGUAAAGCAAUUUUAAGCCCACAUUUGGAGCCAAAGAUGUUCCAAUGUACUCUAAAUAAAGAGAAAAUUGACUGCUUUGAAAUGUCUACUUUUUGUGCAAAAAAAUUGAAGGUUUACAAAUUAUUGGCAGAAGAUUUGCCAGACUUUAUCUACCUUUUUUCAAACAAACAUGUUGCGGACACUUACCUUGCACUGAAAAUUUGCACUAGUCUCAGGCAAUGGCAAACUAUGAUUACCGAACGUUGUCUCGUUUGUAUUCUGCAUGUUUACUAAAAUAACCUGUCAAUGCACACCACUGAUAAGAGGAUCCAUAAGCAACAAAUACAUCAAUCAGAAGGUCUUUAUUAUUGAAUUGUCAAACUUUGAGCUUUUUUCCAGUUCAGUCAAACAAACCAAAGCCCAUAUCCCCGUCUGAUUCUUCAGAUUCUUCCUUUUUCUUAGCCUCUUCUUUUUCAGCUGGCGCUGCUGCUG